GACCCCAAGACGGCGGACGUGAGAGUGUUCUGUCAACACAGGUGGACAUUGUCAGGGAAGCCGUGGGACAGAGCCCAUGCCCUACCCUUCCUCCCACCUGCUGACCGGGACCUGACGGAGACCCGCUUCGGCCCUGCGGCGAGGAAGCUGCAGGGAAGACGCAGCACCCCCAGCCCCGGGGGAGACACGAGAGCUUCUCAAAAACACACCAGCCCGGUUCCUGACACCCCACCUCGGGCGUCCUCCUAAGCAGCUCAGAAUAACCCCGGGGACCAGACGGCGGGAUGGCGGGGGCCCUGCUCGGUGCCCUGCUCCUCCUGCAGCUCCUCGGUGGCAGCGACGGGAGGAACGAAGAAGUGCGUCUUUACCACCAUCUCUUCGACAACUAUGACCCCGAACGCCGGCCGGCGAAGGAGCCUGAAGACACAGUCACCGUCACCCUCAAGGUCACACUGACCAACCUCAUCUCUCUGAAUGAGAAAGAGGAGACGCUCACCACCAGCGUCUGGAUUGGAAUCGAGUGGCAGGAUUACCGACUCAACUUCAGCAAGGACGACUUCGGGGGCAUAGGAAUCCUGCGGGUCCCUUCGGAGCUCGUGUGGCUGCCAGAGAUCGUGCUGGAAAACAACAUUGACGGCCAGUUUGGCGUGGCCUACGACGCCAACGUGCUGGUCCAAGAGGGUGGCUACCUGAGCUGGCUGCCCCCCGCCAUCUACCGCAGCAGUUGCGCCGUGGAGGUCACCUACUUCCCCUUCGACUGGCAGAACUGCUCGCUCGUCUUCCGCUCCCAGACGUACAACGCCCAAGAGGUGAAGUUCGUCUUCGCCAUGGAGAAAGGCGAGACCAUCAACAGGAUCGACAUUGACACUGAGGCAUACACUGAGAACGGCGAGUGGGCCCUCGACUUCUGUCCCGGCCUGAUCCGUUACCACGGGGGCUCCGGGGACACCCCGGGGGGCAUCGACGUCAUCUACACGCUCAUCAUUCGCCGGAAGCCGCUCUUCUAUGUCAUCAACAUCAUUGUGCCCUGCGUGCUCAUCUCCAGCCUGGUGCUGCUUGCCUACUUCCUGCCCGCGCAGGCCGGCGGCCAGAAGUGCACCGUUUCCAUCAACGUCCUGCUGGCGCAGACGGUCUUCUUGUUCCUGAUCGCCCAGAAAACCCCUGAGACGUCGCUGAGCGUGCCGAUGCUGGGGAGGUACCUCAUCUUCGUCAUGGUGGUCGCCACGAUCAUCGUCAUGAAUUGUGUCAUCGUGCUCAACUUGUCUCUGCGGACGCCCACCACGCAUGCAGUGUCUCCGCGGCUGAGACACGUCUUGCUGGAGCUGCUGCCACGCCUCCUGGGCUCUGGCGUGCCGCCCGAGCCCCCGCGGGCCGCUUCCCCGCCCAGGCGCGCCUCGUCGGUGGGCCUGCUGCUUCGCGCAGAGGAGCUGAUACUGAAAAAGCCGCGGAGCGAGCUCGUGUUCGAGGGGCAGAGGCACCGGCAUGGGCCCUGGACUGCCGCCCUCUGCCAGAGCCUGGGCGCUGCCGCCCCCGAGGUCCGCUGCUGCGUGGACGCCGUGAACUUCGUGGCCGAGAGCACGCGAGACCAGGAGGCCUCCGGCGAGGAGGUGUCCGACUGGGUGCGCAUGGGGAAGGCCCUCGACAAUGUCUGCUUCUGGGCCGCCCUGGUGCUCUUCAGCGUGGGCUCCGGCCUCAUCUUCCUGGGCGCCUACUUCAAUCGAGUGCCCGCGCUGCCCUACCCGCCGUGUAUAUAGGCGGCUCCGGCGCCCGCUCCGGAGGAAACGAGGCCUGCGGAGCUGCUCUCGCUGCCGAACGGUGAUCCUUCUCGCUGCCGAGGCCGCGGCCGCGCUUUCCGCCUUAUCAAGGAGUCCUGUGCGCACACGCGUGGGCCUGGCCACCGUGCAGGGGGCAGGGCAGAGAGCACAGGGUUCAGGCAGGCUCCCGGGUGCCAGUAUUCCGGAAUCCUCACCGCCUCUCCGUUCAGCCUUCCGAGGCGCCCGGUCCCUGUGGCCCUCCAGCCCCUCGAGCUGCACUGGCUUUAGCUCGGAUGAGCAAGCUGAGGACGCCUCGGUGGAGGAGGGGACGGAAGCCAGGCCCUUCCCUGUUGGAGGGCGCAGGGGCCAGAUGCCCUCAGCAAAGGUUACCCCCCACCCCCACCCCCACCCCCACCCUAGCGCACAGACACACGGCUGCCCUGGGACACCCUGUCUCCUGGAUUACUGACCCAGCAUGGCCCACCUGACCACCUCCACCGAAAUCCACCUACAGGAGCUUCUGCCUGUCCUCUCCCCCCCUCCCCGCUGCUGGCUGAUCCUGGCUGGUGUUCAGGACUGGGAGAGGAAAGAGAAUAAAAUGGAGCCUGAGUCGUUGAGA